GUGUUUUCAUUUAAUAUUCUCUAGGUUUUUAUAGGUCGGAACAGGAAAUACAUCGACGCCUCGCCAGUAAGCAGUGUAUAACCGUCAAAUCGAAAUGACUGUGAAAUCAUCAUGUUGACUGUGUUUGGAAACAAUAUCGGAUUUUUCAUUCACCAUAAUCAGGUCAGUGCAUGUCCAUUGGAUUGCUAAAUAAUUGAAUAAAAGUAAACCAUUAUUGUCGUGACAAUGUAGGUGGAGCGUGACCGGUAAUAAUUAAAUAUUUUCAUGGACUCCAUUUCGGGUGGAAAAAAAGAAACAUUUCGCUAAGGAUCGAUGGAUUUUAUCGACCAGCUAGAUGACAAGAAAGACAGUGUACAUAAUGUAACAGAAUAUAAACACAGUGCCAGAGUAUGAUUGAGGAUUUGAUUCGAGAGAAAUGAGAAGAGUACAACGCUGGAUAUAUAUUGUGGUGGGUGUAUAUACAUUAUGUACCAUCCUCAUAUGGCGUUCUGAAAAUGAGGGAAUUAUUUAUGCACCAAUAGAAGAAACUGAAAGUCAGAAAGCAUCACCGACUCGUGAGCAGCACGAGGUUAAACCCAAUUUUAACAAGGCCCCUAAUAUUGUCAAACCAUUGCCCCCCAAAAUAGACACUGCAGGAAGUCGAGGUUCAAAAUGCCCAGGACUUGAACCCCCUACUAAUAUUCUAAGGGACUAUUGGCAAUCAGCGAAUGGAAACAAUGUGUAUGUCUACUCAGCGUAUUUCGAGCCCAGUCGAAACCAAGUGGUGGUGAUCGGGGCACGGAACAAGAACUCCGGCUCCCCCUUACGGUGUCAACUCUGGGGGGAAGAUGGACGACUGGAGGUUACAACAGCCUCCCAGAGAGACAUGCCAGAGGGGAAAGGCAAAAGGUUUACAUGUACAUUUUACAUGUGUUCAGUGCCUGCCAAGAUGAAACCAACAACAGUUUCUAUGGUGACGUCAGAGUGCGGCAAACCAACAUCAUCAAUCUAUGUUCAUGGACCGGAAGGAAACAAUGGCAAUUUCACAGUCUGCGUCACUCCUCUCAACUUUAAUUAUAGCAAAGCAUAUGAAUUAGUAGAAAUGAUUGAACUUAACAAGAUUCUUGGUGCCUCCCAUUUUGUUUUUUACAAGUAUAGCAUAAACAAAAAUGUUGUCCGAGUUUUGGAUUAUUACAAGGAUAAGGGUGUCGAGCUCAUCCAAUGGAAUCUCCCAAUGCAGGUCGACACGUGGCCAAAGAAGAACAUUCCGGUGGAGAUACAUUACUUCGGCCAGUUAGGUGCUUUGAAUGAUUGUCUUUAUAGAAAUAGGUACAAAUCCCCAUUCGUUGUCUUUCAGGAUCUUGACGAAUUUAUCAUACCACGAAAGCACGCGAACUGGAGUGAGCUAUUUGCAACUUUACCAAAAAACAAAGGAUCGUACAUGUUUCGAAAUACCUUCUUCCGAAAAGACUGGCCCGACACAGAUCUUAAUUUCACUGGAAAACAUAUCGCUCAAAAAUAUAAGUUAGUGACCUUAUUAAAACAGUUCAGGGAAAGUAAGAUAUUUCCUAGGAAGCAUAGAUCGAAAUAUAUAGUUAACCCCCAAAACGUAGAGGCCCUUGGUAUUCAUUCCGUGAACCGUUUCCGGGGAGGAGGAGAGCACUUUGUAGAGCCAGGCGAGGCGUUAAUGCAUCACUAUAGAGACUGGGAAAACCCCGGAGAUAAGCAACCACGAACUAAAGAUGACAGCAUUCUAGUGUAUAAAGAUAAAUUACUCAAUAAUGUACAACGAACAUGGGGUAAUCUAAAGGAUGUACAAUUAGGUCCAUUACCAUUUAGUUAACAUCAACUCAUUGUGUAAGAGAGAGAGAGAGAGACUGUACUGUGCCUUCACCAAAAUAUUGUAAAUCUUGGUGCAUGAUAGACGGUUAUCGAUUGAUAAUUGAUGUACAUUUUGUGUUUUGUUGAUUAUGGAGAAAUCUAAAGAAUGAUGUCUCUUUGUUUCAUAUAAAAAAAACCCAGUCUGAACCGAAAACCAAUAUUGUAAUAAUACUUGUGAUAAAUGUAGUAGUAUCUCCGACGUCAUUCACAACUCUCCAAUUAACAGAUGAGAUUAUGCUAAAUUUUGUAUGCAAUAUUUUGAACCAUGUGAAGAAGUUGGUUUUUCAAACCCUAGUAACUCAUUGUUAGGCUUUAUACAUGUUUAGCUUACCUGAGCCAAAAGCUUAGGUGAGCUUUUCUGAUGAAAAAAAGAGUCUAGCGUCCGUCUGCCGUUUCCCUCUUCAGAAUCACUCACCCAAAUUCAUUCAAACUUGGCACUAAGUUUCUGUGAUGAUGAUCCAUGCCUGUUCACAUGGAGGGAAACGCUUUUCAAGGGUGGGAUUUGAAAUAAGUUCAGAAAAUAGGGGUUUCUUUUAAAUAUUUUUUUUAGAACAAACCUGUUACAAAAGAAAAAAAAAGCAAUAUUAGAGUUUCCGUACUGAAUGUAGAUUCAAAGAAUUUGUUUAACCUUGUGAUAGGUUGGAACCACAACAGGUUAAAGUUUUAUAUAGCAAUUCAUUACGCAAGUGAUUUAAGGCUAGGUAUAGGCGUUUCUAUGCAAAUGAGCUAAUAAAAAUGCAUAAGAGGUAUAUUUAUUAUACAGAGAAAGCUUAAAUUCAUUUUCUUAUACAUACUUAGUUCCCAAGGCAUGUUAUAGCUAGUGCACAUUAUGACGUCAUAUUAUGACGUCAUUGUUCUUUACUACUCAAAGUAAUAAAACACAUCAACAGACGGCUUUGGCGCAAGGGCAUACCCUAUUUAAUUUUAAGUAAAUAAAGUAUAAUUCUAUGAAGAAUACUCUAAAGAUUAAUAAAAGUGCUGCACAAAUUCUAUGCAUUUUCUCGUUUGAUAAAAAUUUGAGGAAACUAAUACUGGACUGUGAAUUUUUACCCCAUAUCAACUCAAAACUUUACAAAUAGUAACUAAACAAUUAAUUGGUCGACAUUUGUGCAGCAAUAUCACAAAUCCUUGUAAUAUUCUGCUUCUAAUUAUACCCUGUUUCUUUAAAAAUAAAUAGGUUAUGCCCUUGCGCCCAAGCUUUUUUGUUGAUGUUCUUUAUAACUUUGUGUAGUAGAGAGCAAUGACGUCAUAAUAUGACGUCAUAAUGUGUACUGGCUCAUUCGGCAAACCUCGGCUGAUUCCGUCACCUUCAUCAAACUGAUGAGGUACGAAUCGGCCGAGGUGUGCCGAGUGUGUACUGGCUAUUACUUGUCGCGGGUACCAAGUUUUCAUUAGAAAAUAAGUUUUAACCUUUUCUGCAUAAUAAUUAUAGCCCUUAUGCGUUUUAAUUACUUUAUUUUCAUAGAAACGUCUAUGCUUAGCCUUAACUCACUUGCGUAGGAAAAAAUUAAUAGUUUUCUCAAGAACAGCAUGACCAUUUGUCAUUUAGUCAUCUUGACAUGCAAGCAAACAAGUACAAAGACAAUUGUCAGGAUGAGAAUUGUGACGCAGGAGAGAGGUUUGUGCAUCUUCAUGCGAUUGAUUUGCAUUUUUUAAGCGAAAAUUUGGCCUUGCAAUAAGAAAUAUUUUUAUACAUAUCGUUAUAUGUUUCUGUUGGUGAUUUUUUUGAAUUACUCAUAAAAAUUACUAUGCACAAAUGUAUUUUAAAAUUUUAGAUUUUUGAAACUAAAAUGUACAACCAUUGUUUAGUCCUGUUUCCGCUUAAAAUCACAUAUUCAGAAUGUUAUCGUGUACGAGUUUACCGUUUCUGAAAUGAACACCAGGAAUUCCUUGAUGCUAACGUUUUAAAUUUUUCAUUAUAUGGUGUUUUUAUAUUUCUGUGCCAUCAACUGAAACAUUAUUUAUCCAUAGCAUUUCUUAUUAAAUCCUCUAUCGUGUAUUUUCAGUCUAAAGAGUAUGAUAGAGAUACAUUUUAGAAUUACUUUAAAAAAUAUAAAAUGAAAAUGUAUAUUUUUUAAUAAUGUACGUGGAUUUUGAUCGUUCAUUUUGAAGAUUUGUUCAUAUUCGCUAAUUUUGUGUGCUUGUGUUCAGUGUGUGUUAAUAUUUGCCAGAUGGUGGGGUGAGGUGUUGGGUGUGUAAGGGUGAGGUGUUGGGUGUGUAAGGAAUUAAGUGUUUUACCCUAUCCAGUUUUUCAACUGUUGAUCGAAAAUAGUGGACCUCUGUGUACAUGAAUUGAAUGUUUGUCUUUGCUCAAGUUGUUUUCCAUCCUGUUCAUUCUAAUUGUUAUUAAAUUAUUUAAUUUAUUGA